CAAAGCUACCCUGGUCCCGUCCUUCCGACCCAACCUCGGAAACGGAAGUGACCUCGCUGCACACUUCCGGUCGGGCUCCGGGAGGUGGAAGCAACUUCGCGGACGUGUACCUGUGGUAUGAUAUGUGCAAAGACUCUGCCUGCUUUUUGACCAUGAAGGAGACAGACCUGGAGGCUGUUGCAACAGCAGUCCAAAGGGUAGCUGGGAUGCUUCAGCGCCCAGACCAGCUGGACAAAGUGGAGCAGUAUCGCAGAAGAGAGGCUCGGAAGAAGGCUUCUGUGGAGGCUAGGCUAAAGGCUGCAAUCCAGUCACAGCUAGAUGGGGUACGCACAGGCCUGAGCCAGCUCCACAGUGCCCUGAACGAUGUCAAGGAUAUCCAGCAAUCACUGGCGGAUGUCAGCAAGGACUGGAGGCAGAGCAUCAACACCAUUGAGAGCCUCAGAGACGUAAAGGAUGCAGUGGUGCAGCACAGCCAGCUGGCCGCAGCUGUGGAGAACCUCAAGAAUAUAUUCUCUGUGCCUGAGAUUGUGAGGGAGACCCAAGAUCUCAUCGAGCAAGGGGCUCUCCUGCAGGCCCACCGGAAGCUAAUGGACUUGGAGUGCUCACGGGAUGGGCUAAUGUGUGAGCAGUACCGCAUGGACAGUGGGAAUAAACGGGACAUGACCCUCAUUCAUGGCUACUUUGGUAGCACACAGGUGCUCUCUGAUGAGCUGGCUAAGCAGCUAUGGAUGGUGCUGCAAAGAUCACUGGUCACUGUCCGCCGCGAUCCCACCUUGCUCGUUUCUGUUGUCAGAAUCAUUGAAAGGGAAGAAAAAAUUGACAGGAGGAUACUUGAUCGAAAAAAGCAAACUGGGUUUGUUCCUCCUGGGAGGCCCAAAAACUGGAAGGAAAAAAUGUUUGCCAUCUUGGACAGAACUGUGACAACUAGAAUUGAAGGUACACAGGCAGACACCAGAGAGUCUGACAAGAUGUGGCUUGUGCGCCACCUGGAGAUCAUCAGGAAGUAUGUCCUGGAUGAUCUCAUCAUUGCUAAGAACCUGAUGGUCCAGUGCUUCCCUCCCCACUAUGAGAUCUUUAAGAACCUCCUGAGCAUGUACCACCAGGCCUUGAGCACUCGGAUGCAGGACCUCGCGUCAGAGGACCUUGAGGCCAAUGAGAUCGUGAGCCUCUUGACAUGGGUCCUAAAUACCUAUACCAGUGCAGAGAUGAUGGGGAAUGUGGAACUAGCCCCAGAAGUGGACGUUAGUGCCCUGGAGCCUCUACUCUCUUCAAAUGUGGUCUCUGAGUUGCUUGACACAUACAUGUCAACACUCACGUCCAACAUCAUUGCCUGGCUUCGGAAGGCACUGGAAACAGACAAGAAAGACUGGAGCAAAGAGACAGAGCCAGAAGCAGACCAGGAUGGCUACUAUCAGACUACACUGCCUGCCAUUGUGUUCCAGAUGUUUGAACAGAAUCUUCAGGUUGCUGCUCAAAUAAGUGAAGAUUUGAAAACAAAGGUACUGGUUUUGUGUCUUCAGCAAAUGAAUUCUUUCCUAAGUAGAUACAAAGAUGAAGCCCAGCUUUACAAAGAAGAACACCUGAGAAAUCGGCAACACCCACACUGUUACGUGCAGUACAUGAUUGCCAUCAUCAACAACUGCCAGACCUUCAAAGAAUCCAUCGUCAGUCUGAAAAGGAAGUACCUAAAAAUGGAGGCAGAGGAGGGCCCAUGUCUGAGUCAGCCAAGCAUGGAUGGGAUUCUAGACGCUAUUGCUAAGGAAGGCUGCAGCAGUCUACUAGAGGAAGUCUUCCUGGAUUUAGAGCAACAUCUGAAUGAGCUGAUGACAAAGAAGUGGCUGUUGGGGUCAAAUGCUGUGGACAUCAUCUGUGUCACUGUAGAAGACUAUUUCAAUGACUUUGCCAAAAUUAAAAAGCCAUAUAAAAAGAGGAUGACAGCUGAGGCACACAGGCGUGUGGUGGUGGAAUACCUUCGGGCUGUCAUGCAGAAGCGUAUCUCCUUUCGAAGUGCUGAAGAGCGCAAGGAGGGUGCUGAGAAGAUGGUCAGAGAGGCUGAACAGCUCCGCUUCCUGUUCCGGAAGCUGGCAUCUGGAUUUGGUGAAGAUGCGGAUGGACACUGUGAUACAAUAGUUGCUGUGGCAGAGGUUAUUAAGCUCACAGACCCUUCUCUGCUUUAUCUAGAAGUCUCGACUCUGGUCAGCAAAUAUCCAGACAUCAGAGAUGACCACAUUGGUGCACUGUUGGCAGUUCGAGGAGAUGCCAGCCGGGACAUGAAACAGACUAUCAUGGAGACACUGGAACAGGGCCCCAUGCAAGCAAGCCCCAACUAUGUGCCCAUCUUCAAGGAGAUCGUUGUGCCAAGUCUGAAUGUGGCAAAACUCCUUAAGUAGCCCUGUCCUCCACUGCCUCAUGUGUCUUCGCUGUGUGUCUUCCUGUUGCCACCCUAAGAAGCAAAUGUAUUAAAACAAAAGUCCUUCUCUGGGUGCUCAGUAUAACAUCAGUGUCAUGUGCCUGUCUUCUGUGGCAUCAUACUGUUCUCUACUAUGAAACCUUCUUGGUGACUUGUCAUUGUGAAAAGAUGUGUAAUGGAAGUCACUUGCUCUUCCCUGCUGAGGUCUUGCUCUGCUUAGUCAACACACUUUGAACCUCUGCCACUUAAUUAAAGGAAAGGAAAGCCAGAGAGCUUCUCAUUUCUAGUUGUAGGUUGUUCUGACUGGUUGUGAUGCUGCCAUGUCUAGAAGCUACAGGUCAUCAGAUCUCAGCUGACUUGUGAGUAGUCCUGAGCAGUCUCUGGGGCCAAGAUCUACCCUGGCCUUUCUGCCUUUCUGGCUGUCCCUAGACCAGCUGCUCAGUCCUCUUGGCGGAGGAAAACAAAACAAAAACCUUACAUGCUGAACCAGUGAUCCCUACCCAGGUAAGCACAACCUCAUAUGGGUUGAGUGCCAUCUGGGUCAGUUAUACCAGGAGAAUGAGAAUUGUCAUAAGUAAAAAUUUUGGUCAAGGUAUAUAUGAAAAUGAGUAUUUAAAAUAUGUGUUAAGAUCUAUAUAGCAUGCUUAGUGAGCCAAGGUCACUACAGUCCUCUCCCUAAUUUAGCCAGCAAGUUUUGGCCUUCAGUGGUGGCAUUAUUUUGCACAUUAACUUUAAGCUAAUUAAUAGGAUUAUAUUCAGAAUAAAUAUAAUUCUAUAUUUAGGCCCCAUGUUUUGUGGACAUGGUCUGCAGAGGGUGGUCUGCUUACUUGUUACCUGGGAAAGGUAAUGCCUGAGUUCCCUUGUCCACAGCUCUCCGUGUACAUAGAUGGUUGUCCUUUCCUCCUUGUUCCAGAGCUCCAGGGACUACCUAAAUUAAACACUGGUGGAAGGCCUGGAAGGGCCUGUCUAUCUCCCGGGCCUUGCACUACAUGGCCACCCUUGAAUGUGUGGACUAAUGCUGUAUUUUCUUUCUACUCUUGAUGGCAAUGUUAAUAUUCUUUUUUAUUUAAUUCUUACAAGGUAUGAAAAAUUCACAAAUAACCCUUUUUCUAAGUGGAAAUAAGUAAAAAUUCCUCUGGAACUCAGAAGAAACAUGGAUUUCCUGAGGGUCUGGCUGGUAUUGUGUGGAUCCAGGGCCUGUUGAACAAUCUGCUCAAUGUGAAUGACAACUGGGCAGUGCUCAUUAAUUGUGCACUGAGAAGUAUUGACCAAUAGCAGUGACCCUUGUAGUGACAGAUUUCUCACUGCAGGCUGAUGCUGCUGUCUAGGGUAGACAUUAAGAUGACCAUUGAAUGCCCAUGUGGUUAAGCCCAUUUGUCUGUCUGGCCCUGGAGGUCAACAGAGGACAGAGGAAAUCAUGUUCCUGAACAGUGGGUAGUAGGAUCAUGGAGACAGGAUAGGGAUUGUUAGAAGUCAAAGGGUGGUACCAGGCUAUGUAUCAGUGGGUAGACAGUGUCCAUUGUGAUACCAGGGGAAGGCAGGGACCGAGAACCUUUUUAGAGGACACGGAUGUACAGGAUUGGAUAGGCUAUUCCAGUGAGUGGGUUGUGGCUACAUAUACCAAAGUUUAUGAUGUCUGCUUCCUGAACAGGGAUGUAGGGCUGCCAUCUGCUAACAGGGAAGUGUUUUGAGAACACUCACCAGGUAUUGGUUUCAUCCUCCAUGAAAUGAGCUGUUACCCCAUGAAAGAAUGUCUUCCAAAUUAGCAGAGUCCCUUGAUUGUUGACUGUCUUAGUCACUGAUUCCUUUGCUGUGAAGAGACACCAUGAUCCAAGGCAACUAUUAUAAAAUAAAGCACUUAAAUGGGGA